CCCGCAAAUAUAGAAGAAAUCAAAAUUUAUUCAGUCUCCAACGACCUCAUUUUCACGGAAACGUAAUCCCAACUCAAUGUUUCUUACGCCCUUGCACCAAAUAAGUAGGAAUUUCAAUUCAUAACUUCAUUACCAUAGAGACUUCUUUGAAAGCUACUUUUUUUGCUUCACUGUUUUCAUUAAACUCACACAAAGCAACCAAACAAUGUUCACUACUUCUUCUUCUCCUCCUCCUCCUCCUCCUCCUCCUCUUCUUAGAGAGAACUUCAUCCAUAGCAUUCUAUCAUAUGAUAGCAACAUAAUGCUUGCAGCAAUCAUAUUACUGCUUUUUGUAAUUCUCUUUGUUUUACUUCUGCACAUUUAUGCCAAGUGGUUCUUGGUCCAAGCUCGUCAUAGGAGUGGAAACUCUGUUUCUGUUUCUCAUGUUACCACGACCCCUGCAAGUAAGGGUCUCUCAAGAUCAGCUAUUUCUUCAAUUCCUUUGUCCAAUGAGCAGCAGGAGAAAGGAUUAGAGUGUAUAAUAUGUCUGAGUUUGUUCGAAGAUGAACAAGUUUGCAGGAAGUUACCCAAGUGUAGCCAUGCAUUCCAUGUCGAUUGCAUUGACAUGUGGCUAUAUUCUCAUUCCACAUGUCCCAUAUGUCGAGCACCUGUCCUCAAUGAUCUAAACAACAAGACUACUCUUGAAUCUAGUAACCAAGAAUUAAUGACAUCUUCUUUGGCUGAUCAAGAAGAAUCAAUCUCUACAUUAGAGAUUAUUGUUGAUGUUCCAAUUAAUGAUCGAUCAGAGAAUGAGAAUAGCUUAAACGUGGAUGAUCCAUUGUCCGUGACUUCUUUGGCUGGUUCACUAAAGAGAAUGCUGAGCAGAAGCACAUCUGAAAGAAGAAAAGCUCCACCAUCUGCGAAUGUUAAUUAACUAGUCUUUAUAAAAUUGUUAGAUUUGAGAGAAGGAGAAGUUCUCUAGUAUUUGUACAGAUCCAAGAAAUAGGUAAACUUAACAAUGUUAGUACUAAAAAAACUGAAGGAGAGAGAGAGAGUAGUUAAUUAGUGAUCAGCCAUUCAGCUUUGUUUCUAUAGAUUCUCGAAAUUCAGCUAAGUAUCGGUCAAAUCUGAAUUCGAUGCGAUUUUCUUUACGCACACAACCGCCCCCACCAAGAGCUAAAUUUAGAACAUGUAUGUGUAUAGGAUAAAAUUGAUUUAUAUUAAAUGAUCGAAUGAUUGCAUGCCA